AUGACAGCAAUUCUUCCCGAAGGCACCGGCAGCAAGUAUACUAGCAUAUGUGAACCAUGGUCAUCGGCUCUUGGACACGUCCCUGGCUCGGAUUACUUUAGACAGUUGAAGAAUCCUCGCGAAAUCAAUUAUCAAGAUUAUCUAAAGUUCUGCAACGUGCGUUCCCAAGAUAAGAGUGUCUUCGAUUCAAAUUGGAUGACCAUAAUAUUACCAGCACUACAGAAUAGUGGACGCAUCAACCUUGAACAAGAAUACUUAAGGUUAAAUAAGGAAUGGAAACAGGACAAAAUACGAAGGGAACAAUUCUGGAAAGUUGCCAUAUUUGAAGUCAAAGCAACGAUAUCAACCCAAGCUGUGUGUGAAAAGCAGCAGCGGAAAGAGUUUUCGCAACCAAGUUUACAUCAAGGAUUUACAUCAGCUGAGAAUGAACUUAAAAGACUUCUCGAUGGAAGGGAUAUAAAUGAUGAUGGUGCUGCUAACUUCCAGGUACCUCGACUCCAAAAUAAUCGUAUCGAUUUGGAAGCACUUUCUGACGCAGAUUUCCGUACGAUGUUCAGAUUUACCGAUAAAGGUGAUUCAGAGUCUGAUCCUGCUUCUUCAACAUCAUCCACAGGAUCCGUUUGGGAUAUAUCCUCAAUCGACAAUCUCUGA